CCGUCCGCCGAGCCGGUCGAGACGAAGCCGCUCAAGAUCGGCGUCGUGCUCUCCGGUGGCCAGGCGCCAGGCGGCCACAAUGUGAUCUGCGGCAUCUUUGAUUACCUGCAGGAGCGUGCCAAAGGCAGCACCAUGUAUGGAUUCAAGGGAGGCCCGGCUGGUGUCAUGAAGGGCAAGUACGUCGAGCUGACUACUGAUUUCGUGUACCCCUACAGAAACCAGGGCGGGUUUGAUAUGAUCUGCAGUGGAAGGGACAAGAUUGAAACACCAGAGCAGUUCCAGCAAGCUGAAGACACAGUCAACAGACUUGAUUUGGAUGGACUUGUUGUCAUUGGUGGUGAUGAUUCAAACACUAACGCAUGCCUCCUCGGUGAAUACUUCAGGGGAAGGAACUUGAAGACUCGCGUUAUUGGUUGCCCAAAGACUAUUGAUGGAGAUCUGAAAUGCAAGGAGGUCCCAACAAGCUUUGGAUUUGACACUGCUUGCAAGAUAUACUCCGAAAUGAUUGGCAAUGUCAUGACUGAUGCACGUUCAACAGGCAAAUAUUACCACUUUGUGAGGCUUAUGGGUCGUGCUGCUUCUCACAUUACACUAGAGUGUGCUCUACAGACACACCCUAAUGUUGCACUCAUCGGUGAAGAGGUUGCUGAGAAGAAGGAAACACUCAAGAAUGUCACAGACUACAUUACCGAUGUUGUUUGCAAACGUGCAGAACUUGGUUACAACUAUGGAGUUGUCCUAAUACCGGAAGGCCUGAUUGAUUUCAUCCCAGAGAUUCAAAAACUCAUUGCAGAAUUGAAUGAAAUUUUGGCACAUGAUGUUGUUGACGAGGCAGGGGCUUGGAAAAGCAAGCUUGAACCAGCAUCUAGGGAGUUGUUUGACUUCUUGCCCAAAACCAUUCAGGAGCAGCUUUUGCUUGAAAGAGAUCCCCAUGGCAAUGUUCAGGUUGCGAAAAUUGAAACUGAGAAAAUGCUUAUUGCCAUGGUUGAAACUGAAUUGGAGAAGAGAAGAGCGGCGGGGAAGUACUCUGCACAUUUCAGAGGCCAGUCUCACUUCUUCGGAUAUGAAGGAAGAUGCGGCCUCCCUACCAAUUUUGAUUCCAGCUAUUGCUAUGCAUUAGGCUAUGGUGCUGGUGCUCUUCUCCAAUUUGGCAAGACAGGACUUAUUUCGUCGGUUGGUAACCUGGCUGCUCCUGUGGAAGAAUGGACUGUUGGAGGAACUGCACUGACUGCGUUGAUGGAUGUUGAGAGGAGGCAUGGCAAGAACAAGCCAGUGAUCAAGAAGGCUAUGGUGGAACUUGAUGCUGCGCCAUUUAAGAAGUUUGCCUCGCUGCGAGAUGAAUGGGCCAGCAAGAACCGAUACAUCAGCCCUGGUCCCAUCCAGUUCAGCGGCCCUGGAAGCGAUGCGUCGAACCACACCUUGAUGUUGGAGCUUGGCGCUGAGAUAUAGAGGCGGCGAUGUAGAGUGUAUUUCUUUCAAAUUUUCUACUUCUUCCUUGCAGUUUUGAGAGUGGAGAACAAACUCCCAUAGCGGAGUGGCAGUCUCCGCAUUGUGGAAUGUUUAAUAAGAGGUUGAGUUGGAGUGGGUUCAGUGGAUGUCGUAAUAACUAAUUUUAGCUUUUCUAUGACCCGGUUGCUCCCCAUA